GUCAUAAUGACAUCACAAGGAGAAGAUACCGACGAGGACUACCUUGACGAUCCGAUAAAGCUUAUUGAUUUCGAACAGGCGCGAGUGCGGACGGAACCGCACCAAAAAUAUGAAAACAAAUUUCAACACGACGGUUACGACCCUGCAGACUCCGACGGUGAUGUGCUGAUCGAAAAAGAACCUUUACCGUCACUCGGGAGAUUCGCUGUUACCCUCCCGAAGACAGUCGCCUACAAUGAACACACGGGUGGCUUGUGCGGAGUUCUCGUGGAGCGUCUUCCGUACGGAGCAAUCCGCGUCACUGUAAAACGAUAUUCUAACGCCACACGGUGCUCUGCGCGGACAUUAUGCAGAUAAAUCGGCACUGUUCUGAAACCAUGCCAAUUAUAUGUCUUAAUAAAGCUACAUGUUAUUUUAAUUUCUAUUGUAGUCUGUAUUGCUUACAAUGCAUUGUAUCGUUCCGAUUGCAGAUAACAUUAUCUCGAUUAUUUUCAGCAUUCGUGUGAUAUAUUGAAUUGGAGCCCGUGCUAUUCUCUACAAUAAAAAUCAUGUUACAUGUUCUUGCAAUUAAAGUGGAUUUUCGGGGAUGAACCGCGCUCACUUUGUGUGGAAAGUGAGAAAGUCAACUCAUUUUCAAAACGAUGCUGCAACUUUUAAAUUUCGAAUGAAUUAUUCUGUAUAUCCGACAUCCGACCCAUAAUGUGUAUCAUUACGUCUGCCUCUACAAACUGAAGUAUAAUUUAAUUAAAUUAUUCAGUAGUAAGUCCAUCGAGUUAACUAUGCAAUAGGUAAGUAACACCCAUUUGAUUGGUUAGUUUGAAAUGUCUAUUGAAUUUUUAACACGAAUGGACACUUGUAUAUUUAUUAUGCAUUUGACAUUUCAUUUUCAAAUCGUUUUCUUCAAUUGAUCUCUAUCAUUUGGGACAAAGUUGUUGUCUAAUACUCUGGCCACACCGCCGCGCGUUUGUGUGGCAGGGUUCAUAUUAUAAACUCGUACAUUACAAAAAUUCCCGUAUCCGGAACGCCUCCGCGGCCGCCUUGUGGCUUGAGCAUUAAAGUAGGUUAAGGAAGGUUUACACAGGUGUCCCAAGAGAAAAACUUUAGGCAUUUUUGGAAGUAUUCAAGGAAUCCAAAUAUUUUAAAAAUGGUGAGGUUUUUACAAAAGACGUAAAUUCGAUUAGUUUGAAAGGUUCUUCCUUCUAUUUUUGAGACACCUGUGUGUACCUUAUGAACAUUACCAGGAUAAAAGGUCUUGUCAAAUCAAGAUUUACUAUGGACAAUAAUGGUCCCGUGUACCAACUUAUACUGGGAAUGUUAACCGCAUUGACCGUGUAGUAUACCUACACCUACGAUGCGAAUAAUAAAAUUUUGAAUUACGUAGUAUUUUCCCUCAAAACUAUAUCAGGUAUUUACUCUUAAUAAGAUGAUCUCGCAAAAAGUUUGGAAGGAUGAUGCUUACGAAAGUCAUUUCGUAUAUUAGUUCCGUACAUCUGCC